AUGUCUAAAAAUAUGGAACUCCUUGACCCAACCCAAGUUCCUUUUUAUCCCCAUUGUCUCGAAUGGCUAGAAGGUUACUUCGUAAGCUUGUGGGCCAACUGUAUAUGUUGGACCACAAGGGACAAAAGGCCUGAUGUCCAAUGGGUACCAUUGGAGAUGUGUGCGAGUCGAACCGGAGUGGAUGACAUAAGCCGAUAUUAUACAAAUGGCACAGUUGGCAUUUUCAACUUUUGUGGAGAAACAAUUGGCUCUUCUACGUUCCGGUAUGCUUGUAUUAUCAACAGAGAUGUCCUCCAAGGCAACAAGAAACCUGGAUCUGCUGAAAUCAAGAUUAAGACGAAUAUCAAGAGCAGUUCACUGGCUGGAAGAGCGAUAGCGGAAGCACUUAAGGAAAUGAGAAACACUAGUCAACCAACAACCUAUGGUAUUAUCUACCUCAUUUGUAAAGAUGUGCUCCUCAUCUACCCGAUUUGUUGUGGUUCAUCGAUUUGCAGUACAACAUUAACCAAACAUUAUGAGAGCCGGUUUAUUGGCGAUAUCCGAAGUUUAAAUGUUCUUAAUCCGGAUGAACUAACAAGGGUGGUCGCAUACGUCCCCGAAAUACUUUGCUUCCUACUCCGGGUAGGCCUGUUUAUUUUAAUACUAAUAAGUUUAAGAAACCAUUAUGCAAAAUUAGAGCACCGGAAUCGAAAUAAUACAUCUUCAGACGGAUGGAGAAAGUUCCUUACUUUCAAAGAAUUUUGUGCUCUGGAAGGCUUCCCGGCUAGGGGAACCAAGUUGCCUGGAUGGCAUAUCGAAUGUUCCGCAAUGACAUCUGCUAAACUUGGCAACCACAUGGACAUUAAUUCUAGAGGUAUUGAUCUUGCUUUUUCCCAUCAUGACAAUGAAGUCGCCCAGAACGAAGUGUUUUCUUUACAUUGGGCAUCUCUUAUUCAGGCUCAAAGAGCCCAAAUCACUCCAAAAUUUACUACCAUCAGGGAGGUGCUUGCUAGAAGCACUAUUAUUUUUCUUGGUGGCUGGCGAGAAGGAAUCGAAAUCACAACUGAUAUGGUUGAUACUUCGGGCAUCCGAGAAGAAAAACUGAACAACUUUCUGAAGGACAAAAUUUUCAGUGCUCUUUGCAACUUAUUUGAUACCCCUACUGCGAUGAAUGCCAUACUGGAGUUAGCGUCUAGCUUUACUAGAGCCGAAUCUUCGGGGUUGAAUAGCACUAUUUUUGAGAGCUUCGCCAAACAAUCCAAAAUCGGAUGGACAGGUAUUGGUGUUCCGGAAUAUGCAGCUAUAAUUGAAUGCCCUUCCCACUACAAAGGAUGCAAUUCUUCAGCCUGCCAUAUCAAGAGCAGUAUCUCUUGCGAAGAUCUAAGUAGUUUUUUUAACUUAAGGGAGGGCCCUGACUUCUCGAAGUUUUCAAGGAUAGAGGCGCAUCCCCGAAAACUGAUAAAUCUGAGAUACAAAUGCUGUAGGCGCAGCAGUGAAGAGAGGAUCGAGAAACGGAAAAAGGAAAGCUUAGCUUCCAUGAGACGUUUCGGACUAGCGAGUUUGGUAUGUGGCAUGAGGGCACCGUAUCAAGAAACCCAGAAAGGAUUGGGAAAAGCAAAGGAGAUUGCACGAGUCGUGGUAGCCAGCAACUCUGAACGGCGUGCAUGUGAAGGAUUCCAACCCCCGUGGCGGUUGAUGCUAUUCAUUAGCUAUUUUCUUGAAGGUGUGAAGAGAUACGGAGCACUGAUCAUCUGGUAUACUGAAGCUCCUUUGGUCCAAUUCAUAACUGGUGCCAGUAAUAAUAAUAAUCAAAAUAAUAGAAGCUAG